GUCGCGACGGCUGACUGGCCGCAUCCGGAUUGUUCCGGAAUGAGCUGCGCCCGCGUGCGACAGGACACCGCGAGCAGCGACCUAACCGAAAUAAUCUGCUCCCCGCCAGCGCCCCCACCCCCUCCCAGUCCUUUCGGCUUCCCUUCCUCCCGCCGAGCCUCGAUGACCGGCACAACCGGACUCACCAAUUCAAACGACUCGAAGCGAGGAUUCAGCCGGGAGUUGGAGCCGGCCAGGGCCCAGCCACGCUCUCAGCUCAGGAACCCGACCGAGGGUGGAAGUGCGGGCGCCUCACGCAACUCGGGCUAGCUUGCCCUUCCCUCGUCGUCCCCUCCCGCCGCUUCCAAUCCCGCCAAUAUUUCCUCAGCGCCGAAAGUGAGUAUCAGAGUCGAUCAGAAACUCUCUCUCCCGGCCACCAGCUGUCCGCCAUCUAACGCGAGCGCCCGCCUCGUUGCCUUUUGUAGGCGUCCUGACGUGUCGGAGAGCCGGCCCACCUACCCCACCACCCGGAUGCUAGACGACGCUUUUUAGCCCAGAUUCAUCAGAGGAGGAGCAAGAGAGCACUUUCUUCCAUCGCCUCCUGCACUCCAAGUGCCCCUGUCCACUCAUCACGAGGGAAUCGUCUGCAAGGGUCAAAGUUUCAUCCUUUGAGGCAACCUCUUGUUUCUGAGGUCUGUGACCACUUCUCCAAGACAUGGCCCUCAAGCAGGUUGCAGAAACACCCAACUCUCACGACUAUCCUCUCUCUCUCUCAAAUUUGGCACAUGACGUGCCCAGACUCAAACAAUCAGGGCUUGAUUCCAGUCGGGAAGUGGGAUGAGAUGAGACUGGAGCAGAGGUGUCUCCUUGGAUCAGGUCAACUACACCAAUUCGAUCCCAUUUCAUGGUAACUUAGUGAGGAAUACAGUAAAAUACAGUGAAAAUCUUUUCCAGUGUUGCCACGAUCCUGUGCCAUUUUGAAUCGUUUUCAGGAAAAGAUAGAAAGAUGUAGCUAAAAUAGAGUUCAUCAAUCCUGAGCCAGCUCAUCAUCAGUGAUGCCUGCACCACCAUCCCUUGCCCACAACCUUGCUGCCAUCUCCACUGGAAUCAUCCAAUAUCAAAGUCGUCAUUCUUCAGGUGCCAUCUUACGCCGCUGAGCCAAUUUGGUCUUGCUGCAGCCUGUACCGGAACUAACCAACCACAAAGUCGCCGAUCCUCAGAGGCCAUCUCUCAAUGCUGGGCCUCCCUCACUGACGAUGUCUCUGUCAAUGUAGCAGCCGUCCAUUCCAAUGCCAAGUCAAUGUGCGUAUUCCAAAAAAGUACAUAGGGGCUCACUCACCUCUGCCAUGAGGUCCAUGCUGGGCUCACUCGGUCUGUGCUGAGUCCACUCACCACCACCAAUCCUGUCCAAACUCAGGACAAGAGGGUGUUUGUGAACAGGAGCUUGGCGCUUGAAAAGAUUAAAUGUUUCGGCUUUGACAUGGACUACUCUCUGGCAGUAUACAGGUCUCCUGAAUAUGAAGAGCUUGGCUUUCAGCUGAUGAUAAAUCACUUGGUUUCAAAGGGAUAUCCACAGGAGUUGCUUCUCUACACAUAUGAUCCCACUUUUCCAACCAGAGGGCUCAUGAUUGAUACUCGACAUGGAAAUCUUCUGAAAGUGGACUCUCAUGGCAACAUCUUGGUGUGUGCUCAUGGCUUCAGGUUCCUUAAGGGAGCAGAGAUUCUUGAGCAGUACUCCAACAAAUUUAUCCAAAGAGAUGACACGGAACGCUUUUACAUUCUCAAUACCCUCUUUCACCUUGCUGAAACCUACCUGUAUGCCUGUUUAGUGGAUUUCUUCAUCAAGUGUUCCAAAUACACCAGCUGUGAGACUGGCUUUAAACGUGGUGACCUCUUCAUAUCAUAUCGGAACAUGUUCCAGGAUGUGCGAGACACAGUGGAUUUCAUUCAUGAUUCUGGGACUUUGAAGAAGAAAACUCUCGGAAACCUGGAAAAGUAUGUGAUGAAGGAUCCUCGGUUGCCCGUGCUCCUCAGCCGAAUGAAAGAAGUGGGAAAAAUUUUCCUUGCCACCAACAGUGAUUACUCCUAUACAGACGCAAUAAUGAAAUAUUUGUUUGAUUCCCCGCAUGGGCCAAAGUCUGGUACAUUGCAUGUCUCCUGGCAUUCCUACUUUGACCUGAUUUUAGUCGAUGCAAGGAAACCUCUAUUCUUUGGAGAAGGAACCAUUCUCAGACUAGUUGACACUGAAUCUGGAAAGCUUCGAAUUGGCACUUACACAGGCCCUUUGCAAAAUGGUAUUGUUUAUUCUGGAGGGUCUUCAGAUAUGAUCUGCGACCUUUUGGGGGUAAAGGGCAAAGAGAUUUUGUACAUUGGAAAUCACAUUUUUGGUGACAUCCUCAAAUCCAAGAAGCGGCAGGGUUGGAGAACAUUCCUGGUUGUGCCUGAACUGGCACAUGAGCUGCAGGUCUGGACAGAGAAGAGCAGACUUUUCGAAGAACUUAGGAACCUUGAUAUGUUUGUGGCAAAUAUUUACAAGAAUCUGGACAGUAGCAGCAAUGAACGUCCUGAUAUCACCUUAAUUCGGAGACAAAUAAAAGCAGUUACCCAUGAGAUGGAUAUGUGCUAUGGAAAGAUGGGAAGUUUAUUAAGAUGUGGCUCCAGACAAACACUAUUUGCUAGUCAGCUGAUGCGUUAUGCUGACCUGUAUGCUGCCUCGUGUAUAAAUCUUCUGUAUUACCCUUUCAGCUACCUAUUCCGAGCACCACCUGUUCUGAUGCCUCAUGAGUCAACAGUUGAACAUGCUUCACAGGACAUGAGCUGCAUGGAAUCUUUCCUAUUCAAUCAAAUGAACAAACUUGAACUAACCAAUGGGAACCACCAGGCUUCUUGGAAAAAUGAUGAAACUGACACAAGCAUGGAAGAGGAAGAGAAGUGAACAAAUUGCAAGAUCCUUACAGUGGUAAUGAAUCAAUCCUUUGGCUUUUGGGAAACGUUCCCUGCAAUAUAUCCACUGACAACAAUUACACAGUGACCCUCAGGAAUGUUUGUGACCCAGUGAGAACAUUGAUCUUCAACUUUGUUCACAGGUGAUAACUCACUGUGGCUGUGUGAUCAAUCAUGAUCUGUGUGUGUUCACUUUUCAAACAUCAACUGACCAGAGUACUGUUCCUUGAGGCUGCACAUUGCCAGUAAUGGCCAGAAUAAUGGUGCCAACAAACUUUAAAGAAAACAUUUACUGAAACAUUAGAAUUGAGGUAGGGUUCAAAGAAUAGAACAAUUCAGUCUGUAUGAUGUACACACAUUAGUUUAUAUAGACCUCAUAACGUUGUGACUGAGUAUCUCAGGAGAUGUCUGUCAUUUACAACUUGUUGUACUGUUUCAUACUCCUGCACCUGAAUAUUUUCCCUUUGAAAUAUUUCAAAUCUUCUCCAGAGAGAUAAUAAAUGAUGCUGUUCAGUUCAGGUGAAGAGCUGAUCGUAAACAUGUACUUCCCUUGACAUCAAAGCACAUGACUGGAAAAUCUGCUACAUUAUGGAAGAUCUUCAAGACACAGAUGUAGCAGAAAAGAAAAUGAAGGAGGACAUGCCAAUUUUGAUGAAAAAGAAAGGAAAUGCAGUGUGAAAAUUCCUUUAGAGUGUAUUAUCCCUUUUCUGGAAUCUCACUUGUACUGGAUAUUUAGACAAUAUAUUUUUCCUCGGAGGAAGUGAGGACCACAGAUGCUGGAGAUCAGAGUUGAGUGUGGUGCUUGAAAAGCACAGCAGGUCAGGCAGCACCCGAGGAGGAGAAUCGACGUUUCAAGCAAGACCCCUUCCUCCCUCUCCUUCCAAGAAGCCUGAAAUUAUUGAUUUCCAAAAGUUCAAAAAAAUGUACGUGGAUGUGAUUAAACAGAUCAUAUUCAAAUUGCAAUAUCUGAAAACAUCUUGCAGCAGAAAGGGUUUGGGCUAAAGAUUUGAGUUGAGGUAUUCAGAUAUGAAAUUUCGGAUCAUGUAAACCAAACACUCAGAUCUGCUGGUAUUAACUGCUACUGCCAGUCUGCCACUGAAGAUUGAAGCACAGUUGAAGCAGACAGCUGUACAUGAACUUACUUUCUCGUAAACAUUUUCUGUCAAUUGAGUUCAUGAAAUGGCUUCCUCUGAAAAGUCAUUUCACUGACAGCCCUUCAUUAUAAAAUUUGAAAAUAAUGUACAGGAUUGAAUAUGUUACCCAGCAUAAAAUUUCUCAUUUAUUCAGGCAACAAAAUUCCAAAGAAAUGUUUCUGAGAAAAAUCAG